CAUGGCGCUCCCCCGAGCUCGCUCGCAGCCGGGCGUAGGAAUCCUUUGAUAAUUCGGAAAUAUGUAUUUAAAUUAAUAACUUCUUUUACCCGCGGAAGAAAAUUGUCACGCUGGAUUGUCCCGUUAGAUGAAAGACCUAGGGGAGUGGCUAAAUACCAACAAAGUGCCGUUUAAUUAAUCAUCCAUCCACCAUGCUACCACUUACGCAUAAGGAUUCUCGGAGCUUCGGCAGCCGUAUUAAGGAGAAAAUCUUCGGUUGGAAAAGGCUGAUCUUCGCCGAUAAGAAUUCCAGAAACUUAUUUUUAUUCCUACUGCUCAACUUAUUCUUUGCAUUCGUCGAGUUGACGUAUGGUGUAUGGACAAAUAGUUUGGGACUGAUAUCUGACAGUUUUCAUAUGUUCUUCGAUUGUACCGGUUUAGUGGCUGGAUUAGUAGCGUCCGUAAUUACUAAGUGGAGAGCCAACGAUAGAUUUUCCUAUGGAUACGUUAGGGCAGAAGUACUCGCCGGAUUCGUUAAUGCUCUGUUUUUAUUAUUCAUAGCAUUCUUUAUCAUGUUCGAGGCUGUAGAAAGAGCCAUCGAACCUCCAGAAGUGAAGCACGAAAGACUAUUUAUAGUGUCUGUAUUAGGAUUAUUAGUUAAUUUAGUAGGAAUAUAUGCAUUUCAACAUGGUCACGGUCAUAGCCAUGGUGGAGGACACGGACAUUCCCACUCCCAUGGAGGCCAUGGCCAUUCUCACAAUCACAAUCAUAGCCAUGACGAUCACCGCGAUCAUAUCGACAUGGAACUUGAUCAAUCGGCGAGUUCGGGAAAUUCACAAAUCAUGAAAGGUGUCUUCUUGCAUAUCUUGGCGGAUACGCUGGGUUCUGUUGGCGUCAUCAUUUCUGCCGUGCUCAUGCAGAUGUUCGGCUGGAUGAUAGCGGAUCCAAUAUGUUCCAUGUUCAUCGCCACGUUGAUAGCUAUAAGUGUACUCUCUCUGAUUAAGGAGUCUGUACUCGUACUUAUGCAACGGCAGCCAGCGGCUUUGGACCACGUUUUACCCCAAUGUUACAAUAAAGUGACACAACUGGCUGGAGUUUAUAGUGUACAAGAACCACAUUUCUGGACUCUAUGCUCGGAUGUGUACGUCGGAUGUUUAAAAUUGGAAGUGGCAAGGACUGUGGACCCGAAAUACGUCGUGGCGCACACGCAAAUGAUCUUCCAAGCUGCCGGAGUGAGGCAACUUACCGUUCAGUUGGACUAUGCACCUAUGUGAUCUUCAAAAGCCUGGAAGCUGACAAGUUACACAAAGUGCUCAGUGGCAAUUUCACUAUAUGACACUUGCCAGAGGGAAGCAAAGAAUGUCGCUUAUAUGCGAAAUGUAUUUGCUAUGUUAAAGUUGUGCGGUUGCGUGGUUAUGAAUGGUGGAAGAUAUAGACUCGGAUUGCAAAUCGUUUAAGACCCAGAAUCAGGAGCAUCACUGUACACGCUAAAGUAUAUAUGAAUUACUGUGAAAGCAUUUAUAAAAUCUACUGCAGUUUUGGCUCAGCCAAAAUAUGUGUUCCUUACGUGUACGUAUUGUACGAGAGUGAUUAGGUGCUCAUCGAUGAGGGAAACGAAUUUUCAAACCUAAAGAGAGGUUAUGCCAACAUUUUUUAAGCAGCAUCGAUUUUUCUUUUUCGUUUUUCAUACAAUGAUCAUUCACUUCCUUUAUUUUCGUGUAUUGAGAAUGCGUUACAUACUCGGUAUGCCUAAAAGAACAAUAGCGGUCUACCAAUAUAUUUUGUAGCGACAUGUUGGAAUCGGUGUAUCCACAUUCCAUGUGGUGUAACGUCUGAGAUUUUAAAUCGAUACCUUUUCUUCAAUUUUUCUUUUGAAACAAUUUGUAUAAUUCUCUGGUAUGAUCAGUCCUCUUUCUUAAGGUUAGUAACACAGUCAUGAAUCUAACUAAAUUACGUUAACUUAUAGCUUAUUUAUGAAGCAUCGUAGCAAGCUUUACACGAAUGGACGGUGUCUUUUAUAUUAAAAUUAAAUUCAGUGCCUCGUCUGUCAUGUAAUGUGGAGUCAGUUUUAAAUGCAGUCAAGUACACUCGAUGAACGAGUAGCAACGAAAGAUUCUACAUUAACGAGCUGCAAUUAUUAAAAAGUCCAUUCUCAUUCAUCACUCGUCUCGGAACAAAUCAUGUCGUUUCAUACUGAUGUAACUAUUCUCAAGUGAAAGCGAGGAAACGACUUUGGUCGUUAUUUGCACCUUAAUAGUCUUAAUUAAGAUCGAUUUGGAAACUUUUUAAGAGGUACUCAAACUUUGCACACUACAAAGACCAACUUUAAAGAGUGACGUGCCCUGUUAAGGUAAUAUGAAAGGAUUAUUAUAUAUAUAUAUAAAAACCUGAAAAUGUUCAUAAAACUUUUCUCCAAACUGG